AUGCCGAAGCGAGGCAGAGGGAACUCAGCCGACGCGUCAUACGCCGCUGCGCACAGCGUUGCGGAGAUAAGCGACGCAGAUAGCUCAUCAACGCAGCCGAUUAGCGUGGAGGAGAUGAUGGAGUCUCAUCAAGAUCUUGUGCUAGAGCAGCAACUGGACGCACUGGAGGUAGACGAGGACUUUCGGGAAUCCCUCCGAGCCAUGACGCCCAAUACGCGCAGAGACGUCCUGAAUGACAUCAUCCGCCACCAGCAACACACCGAGAUUGAAGAGAGCAUGAUGCAAGGUUUCACUGUAGGCGACUUUGGCACCGCAAGGUCGCUCUUCACGUUUGGUGCGGGUAUACCUCCUGGUCUCCAUCAGGUAGACAUGAUGGACGGCCCUCGGGCGGAUAAUGACGCUGACGACUACGUUGACAUGAUCGGCGAUGCUGAGGAGGUGGAGGCAGAGGGCGAAAUGCGCGGUUCCCAUAGACAUGCGGUGGUAGAGGGAAACGAGGAGGCAGAGACGGGGUUCUCAGUUGAGAUGCCGCCAUUCUUACUCCGCGGCAUGCCACUGGUCCCUGGUCGCAACACCGGGGUGCCGCCCGCACAGCACCACCUCGGGGGUCAGUCGCCGCAGCAGGCAGGGGCGCCGGCGACCGUUCUCGAUAUUCUUCGGCUCAUUGCCGGGCACCACACACCACAGGCUCGCACUCGCAGCGGCGGUAGUGGCCUCCAGCAGCCGGUCCGCGGCUCGGGCCAGCGCACUGCCCUCGAGGAGGGUAUGCUGAACCUCCACAACCUAAUUGGUGUGCUGCAGCAGGCAAACGUGAUGCAGUCGAUGGGGCUGGACCACGACAUCGACGAUAUGACCUACGAGGAGCUGCUGGAGCUCGAGGAACGCAUAGGUAACGUCAGCAAAGGCGUACCACCGGCGUUGCUGGACAGCUGCAUGAAGCCGCUUCGAGGCUCGUCGAUCGAGGCUGGCACGUGCGCCAUCUGCCAAGAGGAGCUCAGCGGGACCUUUUCCACAGCCACGGCCGACGCAGCACCCACUGCUACCUCGCCCAGCAACACGGACAAGGCGUGUGUCAAGUUGCUCAACUGUUCUCAUGCGUUUCACAAGGUGUGCAUCAACCAGUGGCUGACCCAGAGCAAAACGUGUCCUAUCUGCAAAGUAGAGGUGCUGCCGAAGCCCGCGUCGUCGUCACCCUCGGCUUCCUCAUAG